GCCGACAGGCGGCGGUUUGUUUAAUGGCAGCCCCCUAGUCAUGCUUGCAGUUGUUGCGGUUGCUACGUUUUAGCGCUAUGUUGUGUUCCAUAGUCCGAACCUGAGUUUGUGUUUCGUGUUCAUUAACUCAUUUUUAGACUCUUAGUACUGAGUCCAACAGAGAUGGCAACGAAGGAAGAACGCACGUCUGAUCCUUGCCCCGAUAGCGAAAGUGAUGCCCCCGAAGAAGAGAGUUUCUCUUCGGGAAAGAAAGCAGCAACUAAGGUGUCGAAAGCGAUUUCCGAACUAAAAUCUCGUCGCCGAGCGGAAAGACUAGCUCAGCAUCGCAAGAAUUAUGCUCAGAAGGAGGCAAAGCGUCAGCAGCAACUGUCUUCCCUGUCAGAUAGUCGUCUGCCACUAGAGUUAUUGGGGUCCUUGGAUGGCGAGGAAGCUGUGCAACCCGUCGAGACCUUACCUGCUCACAAUAAAGAGAAAAAAAGGCAUCGCAGGCCUAAGGUCACAGAGAAGGUGUGUGGUCGCAGCAUCUUGCAAGUAAAGUUGUCCAGCGAGCGGAGGAAGUUGCCUCCGUCCAGUAGGUUUGCUUUCCAAGGAAGUCGUCCACGCAGAGAGACAGUGGCUUCCUUCCUCGGAAAACUCCAAAAGCAAGCCAUCCAAAGGGUCAACGGGUCCUGCCUACUGUAAAUUUACACAUGCGCUGUUUUUUUAAGAUGGUGUAAGGAAUGUACCAUAAAACAUGUUGCUUCAUGUGCAAGAAUGCAUGCAGCUUUCUGGCACAAUACAAUGCAGAAACAGUAAACCCUUUUGAACAUGUA